GCGUCAAAACAAAUUGCUCCACAGCUGAGGCGAGGAUGGCGCCGGCUCCGCUCCGCUUUCUCUGCCCGCUCUUUUUGUUGCACGUCGCCUCGGCUGGGCCGGGCAUCACGACGGUGGCGGACGUGGGAGACGCCGCGGCUCGGGAGGCGGCGCGCUUCGCCUUGGCCGAAGCCUCCCAGGCGGGUCGCGUCUGGACGCUGCGAGCCGCGAAGACGCAGGUUGUGAAUGGCAUCAAAUACUACCUGGAUGUGACCCUGGUGAAGAGCCUGUGCCGUGGGACUCAGGCUGAGGCCCAAGAUGUUUCUGGUUGCAGUGCUUCGGGCGAGCCUGAGCAAAUUGCAUGUUUCUUUGAAGUUUGGACUCAACCCUGGGCAAGUAAGAAGAAACUGGUGAAGCAAGAGUGCCAUCCUGCUGAGCCAUCUGAGAUAGUCAGGGUGGCAAAGCUUGAAGACUGGGAGGUGUUUCAUUCGAAGGUACCUCCUGUGAAAUUUGAGGAGCCGUUCCAGGAGAAGAGGCUUCUGCAGAAUGCCUCCAUCCAGCUGGUUUCCCUCUUCAAGGACUUCCUGACCACCUAUAAGAAGAGUUACAAGAACCAAAGAGAAACUGAAAGGCGCUUCCAUAUCUUUGCUGAGAACCUGAAGAAGGCCCAAGUUAUUCAAGAGCUGGAUCAGGGCACUGCAGAAUAUGGAGUCACCAAAUUUAGUGACUUGACAGAGGAGGAGUUCCGUACUACGUACUUGAACCCACUACUGGUUAAGCUGCCACGCCGCCCAAUGAAACCAGCCACCAUCCCCAGUGAUUCAGCCCCUGACAGAUGGGACUGGCGGGAUCAUGGGGCUGUCACGGAUGUGAAGAAUCAGGGUGACUGUGGAUCCUGCUGGGCCUUCUCUGUGACAGGCAACAUAGAAGGCCAGUGGUUCCUACGCAAAGGCGCCCUGGUUUCUCUCUCUGAACAAGAGCUUGUGGACUGCGAUUCUCUAGACGAAGCCUGUGGAGGAGGACUACCAUCCAAUGCUUACGAGGCCAUUGAGAGAUUGGGUGGUCUAGAAACAGAAGGUGACUACAGCUAUGAGGGGUUUAAACAGAAAUGUGGAUUCUCAAAAGACAAGGCGGUUGUUUACAUCAACAGCUCUGUGGAGCUAUCACAGGAUGAAAGUGACAUUGCUGCCUGGCUGGCAAAGAAUGGCCCCAUCUCCAUUGCACUGAACGCUUUUGCCAUGCAGUUCUACAGGAAAGGUGUCUCCCACCCCUUCAUACUGUUCUGCAAUCCCUGGAUGAUUGACCAUGCAGUCCUCCUAGUGGGCUAUGGCUCCCGUGGCCGUAUGCCAUACUGGGCUAUCAAGAACAGCUGGGGCAAAGACUGGGGAGAGCAGGGCUACUAUUACCUGUACCGAGGCAGUCGAGCCUGUGGAAUGAAUACCAUGUGCACCUCCGCUGUGGUACGUUAGGUGCCUGGGGCUUCUGUGCCUCCUCCGUGUUAGAAUCGUCUCCUUCCUGGCUCUUCUCACAGACAUCAGGGCACCUUCCCUGAUCCAGUUAUCCCAGCAACUGAUUUCCCUUUGUCUUUCCAAAUGGGCUCCGGACUGGCCUAAUGCACACGGGGAAGAUCUGCCUCCCACCCUCGGGAUGCACCAGCUGCAGUUCAAUUGCAGAGAUCAGGGUUACGUUCCUCAUGGGAGUUAAUCCCUCCGGGACAGCUGAGAUGGUCCUGGUUUCUCCUCCCUCCCCCUCCCGGAACAGAUUCCUUUCUGGUGUGCAUGUGAAGAGUGAUUUUUUUUUUUUAUGUAUGGAAGGACAUGAACUGUGGUCAGCAUGUAUGAUGGGGAAUGGGCCCUUCUUGCAAGUAGCAGGCCCUCAGCUAAUCCAGGCCCUGCCUCUCCCCCCUUUUUCUCUUUUAUUUAUUUGAAGGCAGGAAGACUUAAGAAUUGACAGGACUCUUAAGUCAUAGGGGCUGAGUUCCCUCAAAAUUAAAACUGUUCAGUAUUGUUUCUUAAUACCUGGAAGGCCUCUGGUUCAGCAGUAGAGCUUUAUUCUUUGCACACGGAUGGCCCCAAGGAAUCUCUGCUUCCUAGAAUUUUAUUUAGUGGGCUUUGGAAGGACUUCUGCCUGAGUCUUUGGACAGCCUCUCAGGUAUAUUAAAGAUCUGACACUAUAUAUGAGGCAGCCUCCUCUGUACACCUCAUGAAUCUAGCUUAGUUGCUCUGGGAAGUUCACUUAGCCCUCUGUUACCACCUCACCUUUCUUCUUCUGCAAUUAAGGGUGAAAGUGAAUUUCCCCUCAUUUUAUGGAGCCGAAGAGGGAACAAGUUUUGGAAGCACUUUGCUCUGUAGCAAACACUACUCUCUCCAGGGGAGGCAAUGGACUUUACUGUCUCUUUUUCUUACCUUGUGUAUUGCAGCACUGACAAGCAGGGGCACCUGUACUGUUACUAAAGGGUAUUCCUGCUUCCAUUAGUUCAGGCCAAUAGCGUCUUCAGAAAGGCUUGACGAAAAGGUCAUAGGAAUGUGGAGUUGCAGAGAGACUAUUCCCAUUGUUGGCUGCUCCUCUUAAUGCACUGUAAAGUACCGACUCUAGUAUUUCACCCACAUCCAGAUCUCUUCCUUACCCCCCCCCCCCCGCCUCCUUGAACAUGUUUCUAGAGGUGCUCAGCAACCCAGUAUUAACAUGCUGUUGGAAGCAAGAAUUUUGGGAGCUGGGGAGAGACCGACCCUGAGCACUGCUUCAGUUUUAGCAGUGCAUGCCCCCCCCUCCCAUGCUUGGUGUCUUUUAAAAAAAAAACAUGACUCAGUUGGACUGUGGGUCUUUUUAAGUGACUGACUGCAAUAACUCUCCUGCUUCUAAAAAAAAAAGUUAUGAAAGCUAAGUGUUCCAAUGGGUUGGAUGUGAAGUGUUUUCUGCCUUGGUCUUCACUUGGGUGUUGUUUCAGAUGUGUUGGUCUUCAGUAGAACAGCAGGGUUUGAGUCCUGUGGCAUCUUAGAGACCAACAAGUUUUUCAGGGUGUGAGCUUUUGAGAGUCAAAGUAUCUGAAGAAGGGAGCUUUGAUUCUUGAAAGCUUAUAUUCUGAAAAUCUUACUGGUCUCUAAAGUGCCACUGGACUCAAACCCCACUUGGGUGUAGAGAGAGAAAGAUCUCUCUACUUCAUGUCCUCAUCUGACACCCUUCAAAGGAUGAAGCCUGGUCUUCUUUUUUCCUUUUUUUUUAAUCCCUAAAUAACUUUGGUGCUGAAGCUGCUGGGAUCCCUGGUCAAAAGCACUAUUUUGAAAGAUAUGCUGCUUGGGGCUGCGGAUCUUGUCUGUUUUGAGCCGUGGUACUUAGUACUCUGCCCCAUUCCACAUUUAAUAAAGGCUGAUGUCAUGAA